AUGGAUAUCUUGAUUGGAGACUUGAAGAAGGAGGGUCGAGUUAUGGAUGCCGAGACUUUUGGUUUUGUAGCCGAGACUUUUGGUCUUGUAGCCGAGACUUUGGUCAAAUUGGGAAAAGAAUAUGAGGCAUUGGGUAUUUUUAAGAAUUUGGACAAGUACAAGUGCUCUAUAGAUAAAUUCACAAUUACUACAAUCAUUAAUGCUCUCUGUUCUAGAGGGCAUCCUAAGAGGGCUGAAGGGCUCCAGUUGCAAGAGCUGUGCAGUGUUGUUACAAGCACUGUUGGUGGGUUAGAUGAAUUGGAGUUUAGUCUGAAUAAGUAUAGAGAUUCUUUGACUUCAUCUCUUGUAACUCAGGCUAUUGAUUCUUGUAAGCAUGAGGCACAUACUAGGAGAUUGCUCAGGUUCUUCUUAUGGUCUAGUAAGAAUUUGAGUUGUAAGUUAGAAGAUAAAGAUUAUAACUACGCUCUUCGAGUUUUCACAGAAAAGAAAGACUACACAGCGAUGGAUAUCUUGAUUGGAGACCUGAAGAAGGAGGGUCGAGUUAUGGAUGCCGAGACUUUUGGUUUUGUAGCCGAGACUUUGGUCAAAUUGGGGAAAGAAGAUGAGGCAUUGGGUAUUUUUAAGAAUUUGGACAAGUACAAGUGCUCUAUAGAUGAAUUCACAGUUACUGCAAUCAUUAAUGCUCUCUGUUCUAGAGGGCAUCCUAAGAGGGCUGAAGGGGUAGUUUGGCAUCACAAAGACAAGAUUGCAGGCACAAUGCUUUGCAUAUACAGAAGUAUCCUUUAUGGGUGGUCUGUGCAGAAGAAUAGGAAUGUGAAAGAAGCUAGGAGGAUUAUUCAAGAGAUGAAAUCAAAUGGGGUUGCCCCAGAUUUAAUUUGUUACAACACAUUCCUCAGGUGCCUUUGUGAGCUGAAUCUUAGACGUAAUCUUUCAGGGCUUGUGACUGAAGCCUUCAAUGUGAUGAUGGAGAUGAAGUCUUACAAGGUUUUCCCAACCUCGAUCAGUUACAACAUCUUGCUCUCAUGUUUAGGAAAGACCAGAAGGGUUAAAGAAUCUUGUCAAAUACUAAAAAAAAUGAAACAUUCUGGUUGUGCUCCAGAUUGGGUAAGCUAUUAUCUUGUAGCAAAGGUGUUGUUUCUGACUGACAGAUUCGGCAAAGGAAAAGAUAUAGUGGAUCAAAUGAUCGAAAAUGGUUUGAUACCAAACCAUAAGUUCUACUACAGUUUGAUUGGUAUUCUUUGUCGGGUUGAAAGGGUGAAUUGUGCUCUUGAACUUUUUGAGAAAAUAAAGAGAAGUUCACUGGGUGGUUACAUACCAGUGUAUGAUGUGCUCAUUCCAAAGCUUUAUAGAGGAGGGGAUUUUGAGAAGGGAAGAGAGCUAUGGGAUGAAGCCACAAGCAUGGGGAUCUCUCUUCAGUGCUCAAGAGAUGUUUUGGAUCCUUCAAUAACACAAGUUUUCAAACCUAAAAGGCCAGAAAAAAUCAGCCUUGAGGACAGCAUAAUAACUAAGCCUCCAAAUAAAGUGAAAAAUCUUUCAAGUAAAAUGAAGGUGAUGAGAACAAAAUCUGCUUCAAUGAAGAAGAAAAAUAGAAGAAAUAAAUAAAUACAUCUACAGCAC